UCUUCUUCGUCUUCUUCCCAAACCCAGCCCAUAAUCACUCGCGCAGAGAGAGACAGACCUCGCAUGCUGCUCUCGAAACAAAAACCAUACCCAGACACAGAGAGAGAGAGAGGGAGAGAGAGAGAGAGAGAGAGAGAGAGAGAGAACAGAAACGAAAUUCCAAAAGACUUAGAAAUUACAAAUACAAAAUCAUUUGUAUUGUAGAGAAACUCAGCACCACGUUGUUCUCAUCAUGGCUUACAUUUGCAACGACGUGUUGUGUUUUAGGGCAAAUUCCUGUCGUUUCUGAUUUUUAUUUUGAAAACCCUAGGUGAGAGGGAAGUGUGUUUGGCUUCUCACGUCCACUUACUGCUCUGCCCUAGCAACAAUUUUUGUCCUUAAGCUAUCAAUUCAGGAAAUUGUAACCUUUUGGAAUUGAUGGGAAAGGCGGGCUUGUAGGUAUCAAGGUAGGGAUGCAUGGAUGUGGAUCAGGAACUGCUAUCCUAGUAAAUGCUGAGGUUGAUUCCAUGGGAGGAGUUGUUGACGGCGGAGUAGGUAUUGGUGUCAAAACCUCUCCGCAUCGAGCUGCAAUUGAGAAGGCUCAAGCAGAGCUUCGCCAGGAGUAUGAUGUCCGUGAAGAGAGAAGAAGAGAGCUAGAAUUUCUUGAGAAAGGUGGCAACCCUUUGGAUUUUAAAUUUGGGAAUGCAGCGUCAGUUAGUGUCCAGUCAACUUCACUUACUGAUCAGCAAGCAGAACAUUUUGUGACCAGUGAAGCAAAAGGUAGUUUUGCGUUGACUGCCUCACCUCAUGGUGAUUCUGUAGAAAGUAGUGGUAGGCCAGGGGUUCCUACCGUUUGUGAACCCAAUAGUGCUGAUAAUCUCUUACUUUUCGAUGGUGAAAAUGAGUUACUUGAAGGCGAAAGGCACUCUGUACAUCCUGUUAAAAAGAACAGUAUUGUUCCAUCAGAACAGUCUUCCCAGAUGGAUGGGACUCAAAAUGCUAAGGAAUCUGAAGAUUCUGCUAUUUUCCGCCCAUAUGCUCGCAGGAACAGGUCUAAAAUAAAUCGUGACAGUGCUCGAUCUAGUUCGAAUGAUAUAGUCCAGACUCGUGCUGGGCACGGAUCUUCUAUAACUGUUCGUGGGGGUUCAAGGGAAGGAAAGGGAUCGAUAUCUGAUUCGAACAAACAAAAGGAGCAGCAUAUAAUUCCUACUUCUGACCCAAAGUCAGUAACUUCCAAUGGUGAUGUGGUACCUAAGAUUGUAACUUUCGAUAAUCAAUUAAAUAUGGAGUUAGAUAGCAUGCAGAAUCCAGCAGUAUCAACAAACCCCAAAGUUAGUUUGCCUGAAGAUAAGUUGGAUGGUACGGCUCCCAAAAGCUUGAUAAAUGACCAACUUAAUCAGUCUACACAAGUUGAAACUCAGCAAACUCCCAGUGAGGUGGCUGCUGGGGAGCCUAAUCUUGUUGGACGAAAGGAAGAGAUAGUUUCAGCAGGAGUUGAAUGUCUGCAUUCUGCAGCCACAGAAAAAGCUGAGAAUGAAAGUUGUUCUGGUCAGCGGAAUGGGUUUGGUGAUCGAGAUAGGGAUAGGAAAUUGAUACCAAAUGAUGGCCAAAAUAGCACUGCUGUAAUUGGUACGAGAUUAGAUUCAGAAUCAUCUUGCACCCAGAACAGCCUAAAUUUAGAUGUAAAUAUUGAUAGUGAUGCAUGCAUUAAUCCAAAAAAUUCUAAUGGAAAUCCGAUGGAACAAAUGCCAGAAUUGGAAGGGACAACACAUUUAGCAGGAUGUGAGAUGACGGACAAGAAUGAGAUCAAGAUUGUAAACAAAAGUGAUGUCAUGAAUGCUAAUCAGAACUGUGUGUAUAAAAAUCAGAGUGGGAACAAUUCCAUUGUCAAAGUUGAGGAAGAAAUGAAUAAAAGUAGAUCAGACUUGAAUGAUGAGGUGAAGUGUACUUCCAAGAUUGAGGGAGUGCAACAAAAUGAGCAUACCAACACAGAUACUGAUAAACCCUUGGGUAAUGUGUUGGGUACUGAUUCCAACUUUGACAAGGAAAACCUCUGCUUCAGCAGAUCUCAGGGCACCGUGGAUAUCUCUAUUUGUGAGCCUCCCAAGAAUACUUUGACAGAGAGAAAUUCUGCUGAUGCCCCUGAUGUGCAAACUGAUUCUGGUAACUGUUUAAAGUUUGCAGAUAAGGCUCAUGAAGAUUCAAUCCUGGAAGAGGCACGGAUUAUAGAGGCUAAGCGGAAGAGGAUUGCUGAGUUGUCUGUGGGUACCUCGCCCUCUGAGAGUCGCCGAAAAUCUCACUGGGAUUUUGUCCUUGAGGAAAUGGCAUGGUUGGCAAAUGAUUUUGCGCAGGAGCGGCUUUGGAAGAUGACUGCUGCUGCCCAAAUAUGUCGUCGGGUUGCGUUUACUUCUCGGUUGAGAUCUGAAGAACAAAAUCAACGUUGGAAGCUCAAAAAAGUAGCUCUCACCAUGGCAAAGGCUGUCAUGCAGUUCUGGCAUUCAGCUGAGGUGUUGCUAUAUAAUGAUGAUCCAAGUGUCCAAAAAAACUGCUGGCAUGGAUCAACAAAUAUUGAUGGGAAUAAAUUUUCUGGGGACAAGGAACCGAGCAAAGAUUUGGAUCAACAGUCCCCCAGAAAAAAUAUUGCAGUUGCCAUUCAGGGAUAUGCAGUAAGGUUUUUGAAACAUAACAGCUCAUCUGUUCCUUCUCUUCAAGCGGAAGCUCCUGCAACUCCUGAUAGAAUAUCGGAUUUGGGCAUUAUGGAAGUGUCUUGGGAUGACCACCUUACAGAAGAAAGUCUCUUCUAUGCAGUUUCCUCGGGUGCAAUGGAGACCUAUAGAAAGUCUAUUGAAUCUCACUUAGCACAGUGUGAGAAAACUGGCAGUAGCAUGCAAGAGGAAGUGGACACAUCUAUGUAUGAUGCCGUGGCAGAGUUGGGCUAUCAUGACGUUGGAUAUGAUGAGGAUGAGGGUGAAACAAGUGCUUAUUAUUUGCCUGGAGCCUUUGAAGGUAGCAGGCCAUCAAAGUUUCCCCAGAGGAAGCGGAAGAACUUGCCUUAUGGACACAACACCGUGGGGUCCCAACAGUCCAUUUUGAUCGGAAAAAGGCCUGGUAAUCUCAAUGUUGGUUCAAUUCCUACAAAACGUGUGCGCACUGCUUCCAGGCAGAGGGUUAUAAGCCCGUUUAGUGCUGGAGCUGCUGGGAGUUUACAAGUGCCCACUAAAACAGAUGCCUCGAGUGGGGAUACUAGUUCUUAUCAGGAUGACCAAAGUACUUUGCAUGGUGGAGCUCAGAUUCAGAAAAGUGUGGAGGUUGAGUCAACUGGAGACUUUGACAGGCAGUUACCUUAUGAUUGUGCAGAAACAUCAACUAAACCUAAGAAGAAGAAGAAAGCAAAGCAUCUGGGUUCAGCAUAUGAGCAGGGUUGGCAGCUUGAUUCAACUGCCUAUAAUGAUCAGAGGGACAAUUCCAGAAAGAGAUUGGAGAGUCAUCAUUUUGAUUCUAAUGGAAACAUUGGCUUAUACGGACAACAUAGUGCGAAGAGGCCAAAAAUAAUGAAACAACCUUUGGAUACUACCUUUGACAACAUUACUCCAAUGACUGGGUCGAUCCCUUCUCCUGCGGCAUCGCAAAUGAGUAAUAUGUCCAACCCAACUAAAUUCAUUAAAUUGAUUGGUGGCCGGGAUAGGGGGAGGAAAGCCAAAGCGCUGAAGAUUUCUGCUGGGCAGCCAGGUUCUGGAAGUCCAUGGUCAUUAUUUGAAGACCAGGCACUGGUUGUCCUUGUGCAUGAUAUGGGUCCUAAUUGGGAGCUUGUUAGUGAUGCCAUCAACAGUACACUUCAGUUUAAGUGCAUAUUCCGCAAGCCUAAAGAAUGCAAGGAGCGUCACAAGAUUUUAAUGGAUAGAGGUGCUGGGGAUGGGGCUGAUAGUGCUGAAGAUUCAGGAUCUUCUCAGACUUAUCCAUCUACAUUACCUGGCAUACCAAAGGGAAGUGCCAGGCAGUUGUUCCAACGUUUACAAGGGCCGAUGGAAGAGGAAACUGUCAAGUCUCAUUUUGAGAAAAUUAUUAUAAUCGGAAAAAAGCAGCAUUUUCGUAAGAGUCAGAAUGAUAACCAGGAUCUGAGACAAAUAGUUGCUGUACAUAAUUCUCAUGUUCUUGCUCUUUCUCAAGUGUGCCCAAAUAACCUAAGUGGAGCUGUGCUAACGCCCCUUGAGCUCUGCGAUGUGACUGCAUCAAGCACAGAUCUUCCCCUUGGGCUUCAAGGUUCUCAUGCAAGUGGUUUAGCAAUAUCAAAUCAAGGAGCUGUAGCACCUAUGCUUUCCACUUCUGGGCCUAAUUCUUCUUUGCAAGGAUCGCCUGGUAUUGUUCUUGGCAGUAACUUAUCAUCACCAUCUGGUCCUCUCAAUCCUCCUAUCAGGGAUAGUAGAUACAAUGUUCCAAGAACGUCUCUGCCACUUGACGAGCAGCAAAGGAUGCAACAUUUCAAUCAAAUGUUAUCAGGUAGGAAUAUGCAGCAGUCCAACUUGUCUGCUCCUGGAGCUCUUUCUGGAGCUGAACGAGGUGUCCGUAUGCUUCCCAGUGGAAAUGGUAUGGGUGUGAUGUGUGGGAUGAACAGAAGCAUGCCAAUGACAAGGCCAGGGUUUCAAGGAAUGGGCUCAUCACCAAUGCUGAAUUCUGGGAGUAUGCUUUCAUCGAGUAUGGUGGGGAUGCCAAGCCCUGUAAAUGUGCACUCUGGAGCUGGUUCUGGUCAAGGAAACCCAAUGUUGAGACCUCGUGAGGCUAUGCAUAUGAUGCGACCUGGCCACAAUGCGGAUCAUCAAAGGCAAUUGAUGGUACCAGAGCUCCAGAUGCAGGUCACACAAGGAAGUGGUCAAGGGCUUCCUGCUUUCAAUGGGUUGAGUUCUUCUUUCUCUAAUCAGACUACACCCCCGGCUGUUCAGUCAUAUCCAGGCCAUCCUCAGCAGCAGCAUCAAGCGUCCGCACAACCAUCCCAUGGGCUAAGCAACCAUCAUCCUCAUCUUCAGGGUGCAAAUCAUGCUACUGGAUCACAGCAGCAAGCCUAUGCAAUCCGGCUUGCUAAAGAGCGGCAUUUGCAGCAGCGUUAUUUGCAGCAGCAGCAACAACAGCAGCAGCAGCACCAACAGCAACAGCAGUUUGCUGCUUCAGGUGCUUUGAUGCCACAUGUCCAACCACAGACUCAACUUCCCAUAUCAUCUUCUCUGCAAAGUGGUUCCCAAAUUCAAUCACCAACCUCAUCGCAGCCUGGAACUAUGCCCCCCCUUACAGCAUCUUCCCCGAUGACACCGAUAUCAUUGCAGCACCAGCAGAAGCAACAUUUACCUUCUCAUGGGCUAAGCCGCAAUCCUCAAUCUGGUGCCAGUGGUUUAAACAAUCAGAUGGGUAAGCAACGACAACGACAGCCACCGCAGCAACAGUUUCAACAACCUGGCAGGCACCAUCCUCAACAGCGACAGCAUGCACAAUCUCAACAGCAGGCUAAACUAUUAAAGGGAAUUGGAAGAGGGAAUAUGGUGAUGCACCAGAACCUUACUGUUGAUCCAUCUCAUCUAAAUGGUUUAACUGGGGCUCCAGGUAACCAAGCUACUGAGAAAGGAGAGCAGAUCAUGCACUUAAUGCAAGGUCAAGGUUUGUAUUCUGGGUCCAGCUUAAACCCUGUUCAACCAUCUAAACCAUUAGUUCCUUCUCAAGCCUCUAAUCACUCACAGCCACAGCAAAAGCUAUAUUCUGGUCCAACCACCCCUUCAUCAAAGCAACUCCAGCAGAUGCCUUCUCAUUCUGAUAAUAGCCCUCAAGGCCAGGUUCAAUCCGUCACUUCUGGACAUACACUACCAGCUACGCAUCAAACUGUUUUGCCAGCAAUUAUGGCUUCCAAUCAUCAGCAUCUGCAGCUACAGCCACAGCCACAGCCACAACAAAAGCAGGUUAAUCAAACUCAAACGCAAGCACCUGCUCAGAGAAUGCUUCAACAGAAUCGUCAACUGAAUUCUGAUCCGCUAAGCAAGUCUCAAAUCGAUCAAUCUCAACCUGACCAGCAGCCUGUGAACAAUGCUUCAAUGAUGGGUACCAGUACGACUACAGCAAUGCCUCAGGUCUGUAUUGAUUCAGCUAAUGUUGUGCCAGUUUCUUCUUCUGCUGUUACUUCUCAAUGGAAAGCAUCAGAACCAGUAUAUGAUUCUGGCAUGCCGAAUAUGGCCAAUCAAGUGGGUUCCAUUGGGAGUCCUCCUCUUACGAAUUCAGCUGGGAGUGAUGCAGUAUCAUCUAUUAGUCAAGGUUUAGGACAGAGGCAGUUAUCAGGUAGCUUGCCACCUCAUGGGCAUAAUGCUGGGACACAGUGGCAGCACCAGUCUCAGCUACAACAGACCCCUACACUGCCAACCACAUCGCAACAACACUGCCAGCCACAUGAACAAGAAGUUCUGCAACAAGAUCAACAGCAGUUACCCCAACAACAGCUCCCACCACAGCAGUCUCAGCAGCAGACGCAGCAUCUGCAGGCAGCACAAGGCAGUUUGUAUAUCAGACCCACUAACACAAAAUUGGAAUGAAACAGUCUGUGGAUUGAGCAGUUCUGAGAGCAGUCGGACCCUGCAAGAGUUGGGUUUGCAUGCUGUUGUAACAGCAGUGUACAGAUGAAGCUGGUUAUUUUAUUGGGCAAUGCAAAAUGCAAAAAUAGGAGAUUGUCUUCUGCCGGUUCUGUCAAAAGUUCACAGGAGAUGCUAGCGGGCUAAUUCCUUUUUCUUUCUCUUCUUUUUCUGUUAAUUUAUUUUCCUGUUAAUUUUGGGAAUUAUGUAAAUUACCACUGGUUUAGAGCUUAGGGAAGGUAGAGACAAAUAUAGAGGUAUGUGUACAGGGGUCUCAUUUUCCCUUAUGUUCUUUUCCCCCAUUUUCCCAGGUGGGCCGUAUUCGUUUUUGCCCCGGUAGAUUAGUGAAUGUGAAUGUAUUAUUACCCUUUUCAGAUUUAGUGGGUAGCAAGCAAUCAUUGAUAUGAUAUGGGCAAAUGCCUUUGGAAAUUUUGUGAAUAUAAGGUCUCUGGUCAAUGGUAUUAGAAUUAGAAUGAUCAGCAAGCUUCUGUCACUGCCAUGGGCGCUGGCCCCUUAUUGUAAUUUUCCUAGUGGAUCAACCUUUUAAAUGAAAGCUCUUCCAUUUUUCUUCCUGUA